AUGUCAUAUUUAAUAUCGAUGAAUGGAAAGUUGAAUCCAGGUAGCGUAACCUGGGUUGACCUGAACGCAUUGCAGGUGCCAGGAGUGGGUAACCCGUUUCCGUCUGCUUCUCCCACCCCGCGCACAGCCGCUGCCGCAGCAUCCUCAGCGGCGCUGAGACAAGAGGCGCAGUUGGCGGAAGGCCGUGGCAUGGAGCGCUGGCGAGGGAAGGCUGCAUUGGUCACUGGCGCCAGCGCGGGCAUCGGCGCCGCCGUCGCGACGCGCCUCGCAGCACGCGGGCUGCGCGUCUUGGGACUCGGUCGUCGCCUCCACAAGCUGCAGGAAGUGGAGAAACUUGCUCGAGAACAAGGUGGUGAACUUCACGUCUUGGAGUGCGAUCUCACGAAGGAAGAAGACAUCCUGCGUGCUUUCCAAUGGGCCAGCGACAACUUUGGUGGAAUUGAUGUGCUCAUUAAUAAUGCUGGCCUCUUCUACGAGACUCUCCUGUCAGACGGCGCGACCGACGAGUGGCGCCAGAUGCUGGAAGUGAAUGUGCUGGCGCUUAAGGUGUGCACCAGGGAGUUCCUGCGCGGACUGCAACGGCGCAGCACCCAGCCGGGACACAUCGUGCACAUCAACAGUGUGGGUGGGCACUGGGUUCCGUCCCUGCCUGGAGCGGCCGCCUACGCCGCCAGCAAGCACGCCGUGACGGCCCUCACUGAAGGACUGCGCCGAGAGCUUGUGAAGACCGGCAGGGCUGGCAUCAAGGUCUCGGCUAUUAGCCCAGGGCUCGUGAAGACUGAAAUAUUAGACAGGGGUAAUCUCCACUCUGCAGCAAGCGACACAGUGUUUGCCAGUCAUGCACACAUGCUGCCUGAGGACAUAGCAGAUGCUGUUGAAUAUGUCCUGUCUGUCCCAGAACGUGUCCAGAUCCAUGACAUCAUUCUCAGACCUGCUGGAGAAGAGGGCUUUUGAAGACAUAAAUUAAGAAUAGAAGUAUAUUUAUAAUGAUAUACCAUGGUUUUGAUACAAACUUAGAACUCACGAAACUAAUAAAGUGG